GGUGCCCCCAUGGCCGGGAAUCGAAUCCGCUACGUCGAAAUCAGCUGCGAAGCGCUAGCCAUUCCAGGCAGCACGGUGGGCGCAGUUGCUCCCUCCGCUUCCUGGCCGUCGGCGGCCGCUGCGUGAUGCCUCCAUGACGUCGUGGGCGGCCAUGUCCGGCUCGGACUCGCCGCCGCGGGAACCCGAACCGCCGCCCGAGUGCAGCAGCUCGACCGGCUCCUCAGCGUCGCCGCUGCACGCGCCACACCAGUACCGCUUCGGUCUACACAAUGACCUCGGAAACUUCACCGCAAAGCCGCCUAAGCUGUAUCCUGAAACCGGCGAGCAGAGCGGUAGCGGCGGCAGCGGUGGAGCGGCGGCGGCGGCGGCGUGCGCAGCGGCGUCGUCCCUGCCGACGGGGCGCUCGCCGGCGCCGCUGGUGGCCGUGCAGUCGACACCAACGCCGCCCCCGAGCGAAGACCACCUGCCAGCGAGCGGGGGCGGCAGCCUGCCGCUCAGUGCCUCAUGUCACUCGCUGACGGCCGCCACGACGGGCAGCAGCCUGGGCUCCUCCGUCAACGACCUGACGCUCGAGGCCGAGCAGCUGGAGCGCGCCAUCCGCGCCAACGAUGUGGCCACCACGCGCCGCCUCCUGGAGCUGCACCACGGUCGCUUCUCGGUCAACCUGCACGGAAGCCUGCUGGACAAGAGCAGCGCCGGCUCGGCCAGCCAGGACAUGGAGAUCCUGCUGCGCAAAAGCCAGACGCUUAUCGACCGCUUCGGUCGCGGUGACUCGGUCUCCACAGACUUGGAGCCCGUGCCGGCCGUAUUCGCAUCCGCGUUGCACCUGGCAGUAGAACAUCAGGCACUCGACGUGGUCGGCCUCUUGCUCAAGUACGGCGUCGAGCCUAACGAGGCCGGCGUGCCUUUGGGCAGCCUGCGCCGCGGAAGCUCGGCUGCCUCCGAGGCCAGCGGCUCGCUGCGCCGCGCCACGCUUAGCCCACGCGCCGCGGGCCACAGCCCAGAUCAGGCGCCGUCACCCGAGCUGCGACGCCGCAAGUACGUGCCGCUGCGUCCCGAGCUGGCGGCCUCGCUGCGCGUCGUCCGGCACUCCCCGGACGGUCGAGAGAUCACCUUCGAAGAAGAGUACACUCGCGACUUCCUCUACAGCUUGCCGCCGCUGUUCCUGGCUGCCGCGCUAGGCCGCACGGCUGCGGCGCGGCUCUUGCUCAAGUACGGCGCCACCGCCAGUCCCCGCGACAAGAACGGCGUGACACCGCUGCAUCUGGCCGCUUGUCAGCCACAGCCAUCGUGGCCCUGCUUGCGCCUGCUGCUCGAAGCUGGGGCUCGCAUCCACGCUGCCAGCCUGCGUGGCGCCACACCCUGUGACCUCGCUGAGACUGACUUGAGUGCCGUGCAGAUCUCGAUAAUCGAGACUGCCUUCGCUGGCGCUCAGAACGCCGCGGCUGCAGCAGCCGCGGUGCUACAGACCGCCAGUCCUGGGGCGCCCACGUCCGCAGCAGCUGCCGGCGCCGUUCCCGCCGCGGCAUCCUCGGCGAUACCCGUCGCGCCGCCCGUCAGGCCACCUCAAGAAGAGGCCCACAUGACACGAUCCAAUAUACUGCGCCGCCUGCAGGACUCGAGGCCGGGCCAAACACACCGAGGCUCGGCCCGCAAGAAGGAACAGCCCGAUGAGCUGGCUCCGUCGCCAGAUGGCCCACCACCGCCUGGGAAACAGCGCAGCCCUGGAGUCCUCAACAUCGCGCCUGAAGAAGACAAGACCCAGGAGAGAGUACCCAGUGCUGAGCCGCAAUGUUCCAAGCUGAACCGCCGAAAAAGCGGCGACGAUGGCAGAUUCAAAACCAAGUGCAACGCACCAUCCGUCGGUAAGCCUUAA